CUCCCGCCCCGCGCACAUUAUAAAAGAAAGAUCAUAUUCACUCCUGGAUCAGUUUAAGUGUGACCUUCGUCUUGUGUUGUUCAGUCCACGGACGAACACUGAACGCCAAGCUACCCUGGUCUCCGCGAAACCACAAGGAGUAACCAUAAAGAUGAAUAGGAUGCUCGUGGCUUUGGUGGCUGUGUUGGCGUGCAUCGCUUCCGUCACAUCCCAGCAGUAUCCCCCACAGGGACCAUGGGAGUCACUCACCCCUCCAGUCCAGCCCUCAGUGGAGGCCGGCCCCGUACAGCCCAGCAGGGACGAGAUCGCGCUCACCGAUGAAGAGGAAUUCCUGGUAUCAAACAUUCCCUUCAAGCUUCCCUUCAAGAUGGACAAGAAACAAACUGCAGUGGCCAUGAAGCUCUUGAAGGAAGCCAUGAAACCAGUGAUCAAGAGUAAGACACUGCAGGACACCGUAGCCUACAUCGAUGACGCUCUUGAGUACUUCGUUCACGACAGGGACACUCAGAUGUACGUGACUCUCUUCUUCGACUUCAUGCAGGACGUGUAUGAGGGCAAGCAGGCUGAGCGCGUGGACAAGAUUGUGCGAGGCUUCAUCAACGACAACAGCGACGAGGUUACCGCUCGCACCAUAAAUGAUGUGUGGAACUACGUGGCAGACCCAUUCGACCGCUACUUCUUUGACACCAUGAGGAGCUACGUGGUCAGGCCAAUCAGCAAAGCCAUGAACUCCUUCGCUGAGAGGAUUGGCACUUGGAUGGGCAACGACAAUACCCUCCCCCACACCCCAUACAAUUCCUACGGCAGCUGGAGCAAGACUGUCAAGAACUACGCCCGCAAAUUCUCUACCCUGAGCAGACAAGCCCGUCAGAGCCUCACCUUUGCCUCCAACGUGCUCCAUGCCCAGGAUGAAGCCCACUACUCCCACGCCUCUUCAUAGAUCCUUCACUCCAGUAACUUCGACACCAAGCACCAUGACGGACGCUCCCCAACUCACCACCUAUCGCCUCAUAGGACAGCUGCACCCUCAGGAAAUGUAGUAUUUUGCUCUUCGGGGGGCUGCUGGCGGCCUCCCUGCACCCAGCCCACCAGUACCGCCUCCUCCUCCUCCUUCUCCCCUUCCCAAAAAUGACGCAGAACGCUGGACAUCUCCACCUGUCUUCGCUAGUGACGAAGACGCAGAAGGGGACGAGGGAAUCAUUUAGCGUUGUCUUUGUGUUCCGUCGAAGUAUUUAUUAUCGUUUCUGCAAGUUAGGAGUUGUUGCCGUUGUGUGCUGUAUACUGUAUUGCUCUUGGUGUGUGUGUGUGUGUGUGUGUGUGUGUGUGUGUGUGUGUGUGUGUGUGUGUGUGUGUGUGUGUGUGUGUGUGUGUGUGUGUGUGUGUGUGUUUAUUCUCUCAACUCAGGCUGCCUACGUGAGCUGUUUGUUUGUUUGUGUACGUAUGUGUGCGUGUGUGUUUGUGUUGGUUGGUGGUUGUUUGUUUGCACUGUUUGCUGUUGCUGAUUGUUGAUGUUGUUGUUGUUGCUGGUUGUACUUGUGUUACACAUUUUCAUCUCUCCCUCGCCAGCAACCUUUAAUGUGUGUUCAUGCGUCUGUAUGUUUUUUUUAAGAGAGUUCGUCUGUAUCAUAAACAUUGAUUUUUCAUGUCACCUA